CUUGAUCUACCCUCGGAAAUUCCGGAUCACUCUUUCCUCGAUCGGUAUAGCCCGGAUUUUGAUCUGGAUAUAUCUAGCGUGCCCCGCUUGAAUCGAAUUCGUCCGGAGGAUAUACGCAAACACCACUCUCGUCUAUUGGAUCAGGCCUGCGCGUAUGCCGAGUUCAAUGGAUUUGUUUUUAACCGUGCGGAUUAUGAAGCCAGAUUCGGCGUCUCAUCUCAUUAA